AAUGUCAUAUUCUCCCGUGAUACAUAAAAACCAAACCCUAAUAAAGUCAUAACCAAUAUCGGUGUAAAACUGUAAAUCAAAAUCAAAAUGUCGGGGGAGAUCGGGUUCCAUAUCCAAGAAGAAAUCCUAAGAAUGCUUCCUGUAAAAUCAUUGGUUCGGUUUCGAUGUGUAUGCAAAGCAUGGAGGUGUUUAAUCGACAGCUCUUAUUUUCUUGCUGCUCACACCGUUGGUCAAGAUCAGUGGCAGCAUCUGUUAGUAAGGUAUCUGGUAAGAGGGAGGCCACACUAUAUUUGUGUCGUCGAUGAUGACACUUUCCCCCGACAGAGGUCUGUUCCGACUCUUCCCCUCUCCAUUAAACUGCUUACAAGGUCAAGGGUGGUCGGUAGCUGUAAUGGGUUGGUGUGCUUGGAUGGGUAUUAUGAUGAUCCAGAUAAAUCUCAAAAGCCGAUGGUUGUACUUUGGAAUCCUUCAAUCAGAAAAUCAAUUGCUAUCGCUGUGCCUGUGCUUGUGUCUGGUAUGAAUCAUUGGCUAGAUGAAACAACUUUUGGUUUUGGUGUUUGUCCUGCUACUAAUGAUCCUAAGAUCGUCAUGAUUCCACAACUUGCUCCGUUGCAUGAGAAGAGCAGCAAAAUUGACGACCCUCGUGAAGUUAUGGUUUAUACAUUGAGUUCAGGGAAAUGGAAAAGACUGUCUAAUUCUAGCAAUGUGCCGAGUAAAGCAGUCCGAGUUAGACGGGAUGUCCAAGUUAUUGAUAGGUUUAUAUAUUGGUCUGGUUCGCACCUGAUGGCUGAAUAUGGUUGUAGUUGGAGUAGAUGGAUUUCUAAUAUGAUUUUGUCAUUUGAUAUGACUAAUGAUACUUUUGAAGUGAUAGACCUCCCAGAUAGUUUAGCACUCCGCCUUCCCACUAAGGUGUCUAUUUCUAAGUUAAGGGAAUCUCUUGUCAUAUUUGAAAUGUGUUCUGUAUCUUUAUGGAUGAUGGAGAAUGGUGUUCAAAAAUCGUUUACAAAGUUAUUCACCAUUAUUGCACAACAAUAUUGGUCAAUUAGGGCACUGGGACUCGGGAAGAGUGGCACACUUAUAAUGGAAGUGAAAGAUGUUUGUUAUGGAGAAAGUGAAAUUGUGGUAUAUGAGUGCAACUCACAAAGCUUCACACCUAUAAUGGAAGUGAAAAAUGUUUGUUCUGAAGAAAGUGAAAUUAACUCACAGCGAUUUAGUGCUCUUGAGAUUGGUGGAAUAAGGAGUUUCUCCACUGCGAAUUCUUACACGGAAACACUACUUUUGCUUGGUAGGUCGGAUUUGGAUUGUAGUAGUUAUUGACAAUGAAAAACAACAAGCGAUUGAGGAUGAUAUUUGCAGCUUUGUUGAAUUCUAUAAGAACUAUGCAUCUUCCUCUUGGUGCUUGGAUGAGCUUGUGAAGAUUAUGGAGUGCCAGAAGGCGAUUGAACAAAUUGCUUACCCUGUGUUUUAUGAUGUGGAUAAUUAAACAACUAUGGGAAGAUGGAGAAAGAAAGGUUCUUAAAAACCUCAGAUUCCUUGACUUCAGCUAUUCACAUAUGAGGACCCUUGACUGUAGCUUGCUUCCAAAUCUCAAGAAGUAAAAUCUUACAAACUGUUGUCAUUUGGUAGAAUUUCAUGCGCCCAUCGGAUCUCUAAGUUGAAACAUCUCAGAGAGUUUGAUUUUCACUGCUGUGAUCAACUUAAGAAAUUGCCCGAGAAAGUAGGAGGCUUGAAAUGUUUACAAGUGUUAGACGUACAAGGUACAAGUAUAAGUCAUCUUCCACAAAGUAUUUCUGUAUUGAAAGCUCUGAAAAUCUUUGGAUUCAAAUUCAAAGAUCAAUCCAUAUACACCUAAAAGUAAAAGUCAUCUUCUACUGAUGAUUCUAAGAUGCACGAGGUAUCACAGAAGAGUUGUCUUUCUACGUAUGUAAAAUUUGAAAUUGAGAUGAUUUCGGUUUGUUUUUAUCUAUACCCAAUAGUUAUGUAAGACUGAUGCAAAAACUAUUAUCAGUACAGUCAAGUUGAGGACUUGAGAUUUAUUAUUAUUUUCAUUUGUUUUGGGAUGAAAGGAGUAUUUCCAUGGGCCAAUGACUUAUAUGUGUUAUCAAUUUAUGUAACUCAGUAGGAUUUUUAAAUGUCUAUCAAUUUAUUCA